GAGUACUCACGGUCGGCACCAGAGAAUUGGACGCCUCCCUCGUCAAUAGCUGCAGAAUCUGAGGCGCUUAAGGAAUUCAAGUUCAUUCAAACGCAACAGAAACACGGGCUCACUCCUCCCAAUAGCGCUGAACGACCAGUCAUGCUCAUUGACCUGUGCAAUUUCGAAAUCUACAAAUCUCCGCAGGUGAGAGGAUCGUACGAACUAGUGCCUCUUCACACCUUUGAUGUCAACGCUAAGAAACUUUCCGUCAACGGCACCCUUUCGUUUGGGAAUAUGCAAAGAUACAUUAAGACAGUCCCGAUUGAUGACUAUUCCAUUGAAGGAUAUGAUGACAGCUCAAACCCAACUACCACUGUGUAUCUGACAACUUCGCAAGCAAAGAAAGAUGCGGAAUUCGAUAUUUGGUAUAGACUGACGGUCCCGCUCCCUGAAUAUGUUCGAUUUCAUUCCCCAUUCUGCUGGGUCGCUACAUUUGGAAAGCACUUUCUCGACUAUCUUGGCUCGCAUCCACCAGCUACUAUUGGGCUCACUUCUUUUCAAGUCAGCUUCUAUAAAUGGCUUAGCAAACGCUUUGCUUGCAACCACUCCUUCCAGACUUGGUUCAAAGAGUUCGGAAGAACAGACUUCCGCAUUCCCGUCAAUGCAUACAUAGCAUUUCUGGAGCGUCAGGCAUCUAACUUAUCGAAUUCGAAGGAACUCCUCCAUCACCCAGUCUGGGAAGACUGUUCAAGGAAAGAACUCAAUAUAUCCUGCGGAAACACCGUUGCGACGCCGAUUGUCAAGCACUGUUUCCAAAAUUCAUAUUUUGGAGCGUACGUGGACGACAUGCCUGUCGCAAAAGCAGUCCGAAAAGAGCAAGAUUCUAGAAAGCUUGCUCUUAGCUUCCCAAAGGACUCAUUUGAUCAGGUACUCCACGAGGGGAAUUGUGCCAUCACGUCUUCACCACAGCAUAGAACGUCUACAUCCCAGACUAAAAUUGCCGGCUUGAUCAAUAUUGGUGAUGUCGUAGUGACAAGACGCGAUGAACGAGGACAAUGGAAAGCAUCAGAUGAUGAAUGGCUUUCAUAUGUCCAGAGAAUCGAGCCGCUUCAGGACGGCAUAAUGCGUCUCUACGUCAUAUGGCUAUACCGGCCUACGGACACAACAAUCUCGACAGCUACCUACCCUUUUGAACGAGAAAUGUUUUUCAGUGACAACUGCAACUGCACUGAGUCGCCCCUACUCUCAGCCGAUGUAGUUCGCAAAGUUUCCGUUGAUUGGCACCCUCGAAAUCUCAAUACGACCAAAGACAUUUUCAUUCGCCAAAAGUACGUGACGAAUGACACUUCUUUUGUCACUUUAAAAGACAGCGACCUAAGGUGUAGGUGCGGGAUAGAAAAGAACGUCGACUCAUAUAGCCGAGGUGACUGCGUGUAUGUCUCCAGAGCGACGAAAGAGAGGACCCUUCUGGAACCUGUCAUCGUAACAUCGAUCUACAAGGCUACCGACAAAAUCAAGGUCCGUCGGUUGUGCCGGCUCAGAAGAGAUUGCCUUAGCCUCACUCAUAACACCCGUCGGCAUACCAUCGAGCAGAACGAGCUCGUUUGGACAGAGGAGUUCUUCAUAGUCUGUCCCAGCCAUAUUAAGAGGAGGUGUCAUAUCCGCUUCUUCCCUAUUGAUGACGUCCUUUCACGGAACGUCCCGCUUCCUUACAACCAAGGAGGUAAUGGGGAUUUCUGGAUCAUCUCGACUAGAAUUGUCGGAACUAAUGAUGAUCCCCACCUAGGGUACCUAACAGAGCCUCCUUGUCCCAUGAAACAAGGCCCUGAUUUUAGUCACCCAGAACAGUCCUUGAAACCGUUACUGGGUCUUAGCAUCUUCUCGGGAGGUGGAAACUUCGAUCGAGGCCUUGAGGAUGGAGGCCCCGUUGAAUUUCAAAUUGCAAUCGACAUUUCUGGACCGGCUGUGAGAACGCAGAGGGCAAAUGCACGGCAUGAUGCCUUUCAAACUUAUUGGGGAUCGGUGGAUGACUACCUCAGGGCUGUACUUGCUGGCAACAGAAUGGACUGUAUUGCGCGCGUUGGAAAGAUCCAGUUUAUUGCGGCCGGGUCUCCUUGUCAAGGAUUUUCGCCAAUGCAACCUAACACAAAAAGCGAAGCAUCAUUACGAAAUGCUUCACACGUCACUUCUUUUUGCUCAUUUGUGGACAUCUACAGACCUGAAUAUGCGGUCCUAGAAAACGUCAUCAACAUAACAGACAAAAGGAAAGGCUUUGAGGGCGACAAGGUCUUCUCUCAAAUAAUAGCCUGCUUAGUAGGUUUGGGUUACCAAACUCAGCAGUUUCUCAUGGACGCUUGGUGUUAUUCCAGUUCACAACACCGUUCCCGGCUCUUCAUAUCAGUUGCUGCUCCCGGAAUGAUUCCAAUACCUCAACCUCCACUUACCCACGCGCACCCUUCAAAUAUCAUUGCACGCUCUCUUGGGAAACUGCCCAACGGAGAACGUUUUGGAGGUCGGGAAAACUACGCCACACCUUUCGAAUUUGCUACUGUAGGCGAAGCCGCCCGAGACCUCCCGGACAUAGGCAGCGGCACAUCGCAAACCUGCAUUCCUUACCCGGACCACAGGGCCCCCUGGAUCAUAGGGGCUAAGGAUAGAAUUAUCAUGGAGCGGAUUCCUAGGACUGUUCCUGGCCAGGGAUAUGUAGAAGCUAUGCACCUGAAUUUAAUUCCUCAUAUCCUUCAAAAACACAAUAAAAAAGAGUUUGGCAAGUCAUUCCGACGGCUUCGAGAGAACGGGAAAUUCCCAACAAUCACCACUAACUUGAAUGUUCAAGACAAUCGUUGUGGUGGGGUGCUUCAUUGGGAUCAGCCACGCAUGAUGUCAAUUCAGGAAGCCAGGAGAGCGCAAGGAAUUCCAGAUAACGAAGUUAUCAUUGGGAAAGAGAGUCAACAGUUUAGGAUUAUUGGUAAUGGGGUUGAUAGGAACGUUGCUUUGAUACUGGGACUGUCCCUUCGACAAGCGUGGGAGUCUAGU